AUGGCUGAGGACGGAAGUGGCAGCCACGGUGACGAAGGCUCUUGUUCGGCAGCUGGUUCUGCCCAGCGACAGCCGCCCGCCCCCCCGCCCAGCCCCUGCAGCGGGGUCCCAGGCACCCCUGGCGCCAGCCCUGGUUCGGACCAGCUGCCUCAGAACAACACACUGGUGGUGCUGCCCAUCGCAGCCAUCGUGAACAUCCUCAGCUUUAUGUCCUACAACAAAAUUAGCCAGCUGCGCCUGGUUUGUAAAAGAAUGGACUUAGUUUGCCAGAGAAUGUUGAAUCAGGGGUUUCUGAAAGUGGAGAGGUACCAUAACCUGUGUCAGAAGCAAGUGAAAGCACAGCUCCCGAGGAGAGAAUCAGAAAGGAGAAACCAUUCUUUAGUUCGCCAUGCAGACAUCCUUGCUGCUGUGGAAACAAGGCUGUCAAUGUUAAACAUGACUUUUAUGAAGUAUAUGGAUUCCAAUCUUUGUUGCUUCAUCCCAGGAAAGGUGAAUGAUGAGAUUUACAGGGUGUUGAGAUAUGUCAAUUCUACCAGAGCCCCACCGCGAGCUCAUGAAGCCCUCCAGGAGUUAAGGGAUAUCUCCUCCAUGGCCGUGGAGUACUUUGAUGAGAUCAUUCCAAUUCUGAAGAGGCAACUGCCAGGAUCAGACGUGUCUGGAAGGCUCAUGGGCUCUCUUCCGGUGCGACCAUCAGCAGCCCUAACGACAAUGCAGCUCUUCUCGAAGUAAAACCCUUCAAGACAAGAGGUUACUAAACUCCAGCAGCAAGUUAAGACCAAUGCUGCUGGCAUGACUGUUCUCAGGUGGGAAAUUUCUGAGCUUCGCACCAAAGUGCAGGAACAGCAGAAACAGCUUCAAGACCAGGACGAGAAACUGCUCGAGCAGACCCGGAUCAUAGGUGAACAGAAUGCGCGGUUGGCGGAGCUGGAGCGCAAACUGCGGGAAGUCAUGGAAAGCGCAGUGGGACGCUCCUCCAGACCGGGGCAGAGUGAGGAGUCUCCUCAGAAACAGAGGAAGGCCGGAGAAACCAUAGACUCACUUAGAAAAUCGAAGCAGCUUUGGAAUCGAAAGUAAAUGGGAGCGUGGGCCUUGCUCCAGAGAGGGCACAGCCGGGAGCCUGAGCAGUUUUGCCUGUCAGGACCCUGGGAAUAAUACUAUGUUCCUGGGGCUUCUAGGCUUUAGAACACGACUUUGUGGUUGGGGUGUUCUUUCCCUGCUUCUCCUUGUGGAACUGACGCACAGAAUCUUCUUCCUUUGCAAUAGAUUUGUACUGA